GCGCGAUCGGGCGAUGGCGGUGGCCGGCGCGUCGUGCCCCGGGUGUCCUUGCCCGGGGAGGAGCGGCCGCCUCAGUUCGCAGCGCGGCGGGAGGGAAGCAGGAGGGGGCUCGCUCUCGGCCGGGCGCAGUCAGUAAUGCAGAAUCAGUGUAGAAAUGUCAGCAAAAGAAAAAAAAAAACAUGUAAUUGGCAUCGGUGAAGUAUUCAUGGAGGCUGUAAGGAGCCAUGAAGAUUUGCUAACUGUAGAAAAACAGUCCUGAAAAUGUUGUCCAGACUCUUUCGAAUGCAUGGCCUUUUUGUGGCCUCUCAUCCAUGGGAAGUCAUUGUGGGAACAGUGACUCUUACCAUCUGUAUGAUGUCGAUGAAGAUGUUCACUGGGAAUGAUAAGAUCUGUGGCUGGAAUUAUGAGUGCCCAAAACUUGAGGAAGAUGUUCUGAGCAGUGACAUCAUAAUCCUGACAAUCACACGCUGCAUAGCAAUCCUUUAUAUAUAUUUCCAGUUUCAGAACCUAAGGCAACUUGGGUCAAAAUACAUUUUAGGUAUUGCUGGUCUCUUCACAAUCUUCUCAAGUUUUGUUUUUAGCACAGUGGUUAUUCACUUCUUGGAUAAAGAAUUGACAGGUUUAAAUGAAGCUUUACCGUUCUUCCUUCUUUUGAUUGAUCUUUCAAGAGCAAGUGCACUAGCCAAAUUUGCACUGAGUUCCAAUUCACAGGAUGAAGUGAGAGAAAAUAUUUCACGUGGAAUGGCAAUUUUAGGUCCUACAUUUACACUGGAUGCACUUGUAGAAUGUCUUGUGAUUGGCGUUGGUACUAUGUCAGGAGUGCGACAACUUGAAAUUAUGUGCUGCUUUGGCUGUAUGUCUGUUCUUGCCAACUACUUUGUCUUCAUGACCUUCUUUCCAGCUUGUGUGUCCUUGGUAUUAGAGCUUUCUCGAGAGAGUCGUGAAGGACGUCCUAUAUGGCAGCUGAGUCAUUUUGCUCGUGUUCUGGAAGAAGAAGAAAAUAAACCAAACCCUGUAACACAGAGGGUCAAAAUGAUUAUGUCACUGGGUUUGGUUCUUGUUCAUGCACACAGUCGCUGGAUAGCGGAACCAGCUUCUCAAAAUGGUACUGUAGAAAAUGCAGUGGGAUUGGAUGAGAAUGCACCAAAGAGAAUUGAACCUAAUGUUUCACUAUGGCAGUUCUACCUUUCUCGAAUGGCCAGUAUGGAUAUUGAACAAGUAGUCACUCUUGGCUUAGCCCUUCUCCUUGCUGUGAAAUACAUUUUCUUUGAACAAGCAGAGACCGAAUCCACACUUUCAUUGAAGAAUCCCAUUACAUCUCCUGUGAUGGUGCAGAAAAAGGUCCCUGAGAAUUGUUGCAGGAAACAACUUCCGAAAAACAAUCAGAAAUCUAACACAGUGGAAGAAGCUUUUGUUGCUAAAGAUGGAAAUGCUGAAGUCAUAAAACCCGUGUUAGCAGAGUCAUCAACCAAAGCUACAUUUGUAGUUGGCAGCUGUAACCCUAUGGAGACUUCAUCAGUUCUUAACAAAAAAGAGGAAGAAAUUGAGUUACCUAAAGAACCACGUUCUGUUGAGGAAUGUGUUCGUAUACUUGGAAAUACAGAGAAGGGAGCCAAAUUCCUUACUGAUGCUGAAGUUAUCAGCUUAGUUAAUGCAAAGCAUAUUCCUGCAUACAAACUGGAAACUCUGAUGGAAACUCAGGAGCGAGGAGUGUCCAUUCGCAGACAAAUGUUAUCUCAGAAACUCCCUGAACCCUCAUCUUUGCAGUAUCUUCCUUAUAGGAAUUAUAAUUAUUCUUUGGUUUUAGGAGCUUGCUGUGAAAAUGUGAUUGGAUAUAUGCCUAUUCCUGUAGGCGUAGCAGGACCACUAUACCUGGAUAACAAAGAGUUUCAGGUUCCAAUGGCAACAACUGAAGGAUGUCUUGUGGCAAGCACAAAUAGAGGAUGUAGGGCAAUAUGUCUUGGUGGAGGAGCAAGGAGCCGCAUUCUAGCAGAUGGGAUGACUCGAGGACCUGUUGUAAGGCUGCCCACUGCUUGUCGGGCUGCAGAAGUGAAAGCUUGGCUUGAAAGCCCUGAAGGCUUUAAAAUAGUGAAAGAAGCUUUUGACAGCACAAGUAGGUUUGCCCGCCUACAAAAACUUCUUGUCAGCUUGGCUGGUCGGAACCUUUAUAUUCGUUUUCAGUCCAAAACAGGGGAUGCAAUGGGAAUGAAUAUGAUUUCAAAAGGUACUGAAAAAGCACUGGCAAGGCUGAAUGAAGAGUUUCCUGAUCUCCAGGUUAUAGCUAUCAGCGGUAACUACUGUACAGACAAAAAGCCUGCUGCUAUAAAUUGGAUAGAAGGAAGAGGGAAGUCUGUUGUCUGCGAAGCAGUCAUUCCAGCCAAGGUUGUUAAAGAAGUACUGAAGACAACGACGGAAGAUAUAGUUGAAGUGAAUAUAAACAAAAAUCUGGUGGGUUCUGCUAUGGCUGGUAGCAUAGGUGGCUACAAUGCGCACGCAGCAAACAUUGUUACAGCUAUCUACAUUGCUUGUGGUCAGGAUGCUGCGCAGAAUGUGGGCAGCUCUAACUGCAUCACUUUGAUGGAGCGUACUGGUUCCACCAGUGAAGACCUGUAUAUCAGCUGCACAAUGCCAUCUAUAGAAAUAGGGACUGUUGGAGGAGGCACCAACUUGUUACCACAACAGGCCUGUUUGCAGAUGUUAGGGGUUCAAGGUGCAAGCCAAGACAACCCUGGUGAAAAUGCCCGCCAGCUUGCUAAAAUCGUGUGUGCUACAGUGAUGGCUGGGGAGUUAUCGCUAAUGGCAGCUCUUGCAGCUGGGCAUCUAGUCAAAAGCCACAUGAUCCACAACAGGUCAAAAAUAAAUCUACAAGAUCUUCAAGGAACCUGCACUAAGAAGGCAGCUUGAAUACUAGAAGAGCUUUGAAAUGAAGCAACUGACUUAGGAGUAAAGGGGAAAAAAUAAUAUAAUCUGUGAAGCUUACAAUGAAAAAUCACCUUCAAGUCACUGAUUUCUGUGGACAAUAAACUGAGGGAUAAUGGACUUCUGUGAGACUACUUAUGCCUUUUGUGUUCUCCAGUGAUUAGAAACGACUUCAUGAUAGAAUUGUUGUCAGCUGUCUUAAAUAUAGUUUUGGAAUUCUUAACUGUUAAGCAUCAUUUUCUGAAGGGUCAGUCACUCGUUUUUACAGGUUUGGAUAAUUUUGACAUGUUAACUGGUAAUUACGAUGGUGAAAUAUGAUACAUACUUUGUACAGUUGUUUUUUGUUUUUUUUUUUUUUUUUUCUGGGGGGGUGUUGAUUGAUUGUUUUUGUUUGUCUAACCUUGGCUUUAAUGCAUUGGUCCUUUUAAAGUGAUGGCAAACCUAAUUGUUUUCCAUGAAUUCCCAGUUUUAAUUUUGUUAAAAUGUUAGAGUUGUUAGGUCUUAUUCUCUGAGACAAUUUUUAUCAAAUCACAUUAGCCCUAUAGAAACCUCUGUCUACUUAUAGUACUUAAUUUUUUGCAGCUAAGCAACAUUCAGUGUUUAUCUUCACAAUUUAGAUUAUUACUUUAAGAAGAACUUGUGACCUACAAAGUGCUGAACUGUUAAAUUAUAGUAUGUACUAAAGUAGGAAAAAACAGUGUCUUAGCUGUUCUGUUAUUUAGUUCAGGUAAAAAAAAGAAUGAUUUUAAAACUGAUUUCUUGUCAGAGAGCUUAAUAAUUUAAGCAAAUGCGGUUUCCUGUGCUUUUUGGAAAGGAAUGCAUUCAAACAACAAGAAUCAGUAACAUGUUUACAUUUCUUUUAAAAGAAGUCUCUCAAGGUACAGUGUGUUUGCAUAUUACUAAUAUUUUUUUGUUCUUAGUGUUUGACUCUUAUUCCCCAGGAAUAGGUGUGUAUCCACUGCUUACACUGAGAUGAAUGAAGUCAGAAAAUCACACUGUUCUUUAAUAUUAAAGGGUUGGGUUUUUUUUAAUGUUUUAAUUCCUUUUAAACUUUUUUUGGGGGAGUAUUUAUUUUAAGAUUUUUUUUAAUGAAAAGUACUAAUUAAGGGAAUUCAGUGAAAUGACAUGUUAAUGCAACAGAUUUUGUAUUAAAAUUCUGUACUUGGACCAGUGAAGCAGUCUCAGGUGUUCUUAAUGUAAUACAGAAAACACAGGUGUAUUCUAGUUUGAUUCGCCUUCUGGAAGAUUGCUAGGGUUAUCAACGUGUCUAGCUGGUCAUGGGAAGAAAAUUUUUAAUGACCUUUUUUGGGGGGGGGAAGGGUGGAGCAUGAGUGGCAGAUCAGUGGAUUGGCCUAGAUGGGUUUCUUACAGGAGUGUGGUGGCACUUUCAAAGGGGUGACUCGCAGAGGUGCUCUUCAAAUAUAAAUCAUUAUGGGUUGUUUUGUAGUACAUCAACAAAUUAAUAUUGUAAUGAGCUCAUAAAGCUCCUGUGCAAGCAUGAAUACAUACUACAUGCUAGAUAUGCUAUGAUAGAAUGUAAAUACCAUGAAUGUGCAUCUUCCUGCAGUAUUGUUGUUAAUAGCUACCAUUUUAUUUAAGGAAGAACUUUGUUUCUAUGUUCAUUCAGUGAGCUUAUUUAAAGUAACACUGUACUGGCAAUAAAUGGUGGCUCAGUGUUCAUUUUGGUGGAUUUAACUGACAUUCUGUCUUGCAGAAUUAACAUUUGUAUUAUUACUAAAUUGUGUACAUUUUGGUACAAAACUACUUUUUCAGUUUCAGUAAAACAAUCCAAAACUUA